AGCAAGUGGUUUCUUUUCCUUUCCACAUUAUGUCUCUUUGCAAAACAAAUAUGGCUGACGAUGUAUCUGUUUUCGUGAAAGAAGAUCUACCAAAGACUGCAUUUCCUGUGUUCGAAGACAUCAGAAGACAGGGAAAAUUAUGUGAUGUCACAUUAAAGGUUGGAGACAGAAAAUUUACAGCACACAGAAUAGUGUUAGCUGCUACUAUUCCAUACUUUCAUGCCAUGUUCACACAUGAUAUGGUAGAGUCUAAACAAGAUGAGAUUACCAUGCAAGGAAUAGAUCCAAACGCUUUGGAAGCCCUUGUUAAUUUUGCAUACAAUGGAAAAGUGCAGAUUGAUGUAGACAAUGUACAAAUACUACUUGUGGCUGCAAGUUUUCUACAUCUGCAGGCAGUCAAAGAAGCUUGCUGUGAUUUCUUGAAAAGAAGACUAAAACCGUACAAUGUUUUAGGAGUAAGAACAUUUGGGGACCAGUACAUGUGUACCAGUUUAGUGGAGGCUACAAAUAAAUAUCUGCAGAAACAUUUCAAAGAAAUAAUGAAAUCAGAAGAAUUUUUCAACCUCAGUCUAACAGACGUAUUGGAGAUCAUAACAAGAGAUGAGUUAAACAUUGAUUCUGAAGAACAAGUAUUUGAGGCAGUGAUAAAUUGGGUAAAACAGAACACAGAGGAGAGAUGUAAGGCAUUACCAGAACUUAUGGUUAAAGUUAGACUGCCAUUACUAACACCUCAUUACUUGUCGGACAGGGUUGCCACGGAAGAACUCAUUAAAAACUCAUUGCAAUGUCGAGACCUGCUAGAUGAAGCAAAAGACUACCACCUGAUGCCGGAGAGGAGAACUCUUCUACAAACAUUUAAAACAAGACCAAGAUGUUGUUCGGACAUACCUGGCAUCAUAUAUGCUGUAGGAGGCUUGACAUCCUCUGGAUAUUCCAUGAACUUGGUGGAAUGUUACGAUCCCAUUGUCAAUAGAUGGACCGUUGUAGAACCAAUGACAACGAUCAGAAGUAGAGUAGCUGUUUCUGUUCACAUAGGUUGUUUGUAUGCUAUAGGAGGGUAUGAUGGAGAAGACAGAUUAAAUACUGUAGAAGUGUAUAAACCCAGCAAUAAAACAUGGAAAACAGUCUGUAAAAUGCAUUGUAAACGAAGUGCACAUGGUGCAACUUCUCUUGGUAAACAUGUUUAUGCUUGUGGUGGCUAUGAUGGUGUUUCAUCACUCAGAACUGUAGAAAUAUAUGACCCAGAUGCAGAUAGUUGGACUAUGGUAGCUAGUAUGUUAAAACACAGAAGUGCUGCAGGUGUUGCCUGUCUUGAUGGAGAAAUAUUUGCCUGCGGUGGCCAUGAUGGAUUAUCAAUUUUUGAUUCAGUGGAGUGCUAUAAUCCUUCAACCAAUACAUGGAGAUACAUACCUAACAUGUUAACAAAACGAUGUCGUCUGGGUGUUGCUACAUUAAAUGGAAAACUGUAUGUGGCUGGUGGAUAUGAUGGAUCUAUCUUUUUAAAUAGUGUCGAAUGCUACGAUCCUCUGAAGAAUGAAUGGGCCUAUGUCAAACCACUACAGAUCAGAAGAAGUCGUGUUGCUAUGGUAGCGUCAUAUGGUAAACUAUUUGCGAUUGGUGGUUAUGAUGGUAUUGUUCAGUUAACUACAGUGGAAUGUUACGAGCCUGAUAAGGAUGAAUGGAAAUCUUUACAGCCUAUGUGUGCUCAUGAAGGUGGAGUGGGUGUAGGAGUCCUUCCCAUUGACUUAGAUUCUUAAUGAUGAGGAAAAUACUUUAAUUGAAUGAAAAUAAGAACUGCAUAUGGCAAAAUUCAUGUAAUGCUAUUUAUGAAACCCAAAAAUGUAUUUGGAUCAAAACACAAUACAUAAAAAGCAUAAGAGUAGUAGGUAGAAAAGUUUGAUGGAAAUUGAGAUUACAAAAGUUUUCCAACUUAUACACAUGUUAAAGUACCUUUAAUUUGAUAUACAUGUACAUUCCCUUGGUUACCAUAACCAGGGUAUUUGUACAUUUAAAAAAGUGAAUUUCAUUAUGAAUUUAAAAUAAUAGGUAUACAUGCAUGUAAAUCAAUGAAACAGCAAAUACAUGAAAUAACAACACAAUAUACAUGUACUGAAAGAAUUGAGACUCUUUCACCCGUCUGCUCUUCAUACAAUGUUACUGUAACUACUUGCAUAGCAGUGACAACAGGAUUUCAUAGAACUUUCUGAGAAUUAUUGAUUGCUGGUGGUACUUGUUAUCAAAAUGAUUUUGAAGGUUUUUAGAUAGCAAAACAUGGACAUUUUGUCAUAUCUCCACAAAAGGUGUAAUAAGUGUAUGAAUUUUGUGAUUUUGUAGUUCAUUUUAUUUUUACAAAAAAGCUAUAUCGUAUAUGACAUGUAUAUAGUUGCAAUAUGAAAACUUCUUGCAUAUAAUGCAAUGUACUUUUUCACUGUAGAGAUUGGUCUGUGAUAUAUAUAUUUUUUGUUGUUGUUAAAAUUGCGAAGUAUAUAACGUUCAUAUUGUGAUAAUACUAUAGGGUUAUUGCAUGAAUAUUGGGGAAUAUUGUCCCGAGUAGAACUUAAGUAUAUUGGACGAGCUUGUGAGUGCAAUAUAUGUUCUAAGAGGGACAAUAUUCCCCAAUAUUCAUGCAAUAACCCUUUUAUUGUAUAGCAAUAUAAUAUUUGAAAGUAAAACUUUUUUUAAACUUAGAUUUUGUCGUUAAUGACGUCAUGAGUUUUGAAGAUUUAUUGCAUUAGUGCAAUAUUAGAAUUUAUUGCACGCUAAUUUUUUGUUACUUUCUGUGGGGAAUAUUAUAUUGCUAUACAAUAAAUUUAUAUUUAACUUAAACAUUUGCCAUGUUCAUUACUCAAUUUCUAGUCUUAAAAUGUUCAAAAUCAUACAAAAUUGGAAAAAGUUACAAUAUUAACACGAUGAAUGGCCAAACAUUAAAUGAUUUAAUAAUUGUCUCGGAUACAUAUUAUGAACAUGCAAAAGCAUUCAACAUGAAAUUUCAUAACCCAUUGAAUUCAAUGUUCUUAAAAGUCCCUUUUGUAAUUAAAGUAAAAGUACAUAUGUAUAAAUAAUAUGAGAGUAAAAUUGAAUGAUAAAGAAUUUUGCACAUUUUGGAAGUCUUUAAAACUAUUUGCAUUAGAAUAGACUUAGUGCAUAUUGUGUGCAUAUUUUCAAUUUUAUUCACCAUGAAAACCAUGUUACAGUGUUCUCCCAAGCUAGCCCUGAUAUGCAUAGGCUUACUAAAUUACUAUCUAGCCUGCAUGAAAUCUACUAGGCUUAUUAAAAUGUAAAUAAAAUUUUUAAAAGAAAAUAAGUGUCAAGCUUGUAGCUUGUUUAUCCUACAGACUGCCUAAGUAUUUUCAAACCGUACUAUGCGACUAAAACAGCAUGUUUUCCUUAAUUUAAAGCACCACAUUUACAAUACUUUCUGUUAUAAGAUCUAUUUACAUAGACCAAAUCAUCGGCUUUCUUAUACCUAUAGAACUACACAGCACUAUAUAUACAGUACAGGGCGUUUUGGUCCUUGGGAGAACACUAGACCAUUAUGGACACUAACAUUAGAACCAUUUUAUUGCUUAGCACAAUUCUUAGUAAUACCCUUAUGAAAUAUGUAUUCAAGGUGAUUUUGAUGUAAAAUGUACAUAUGUAUGUUCUAUAUUUGUUUGAAUAAAAAAUGGGACCAGUUACCACGUUUCUAAA